AUGGCUGAGGACCAGGUGAUGAAUGUUGUUGUACUCGACAACCCGUCAGCUUUCUUGAAUCCAUUUCAGUUUGAAAUAACAGUUGAGUCUAUAGAAGAUUCCCAGGAAGAUCUCGAAUGGAAAAUAAUUUAUGAAUUCAUCCGUGUUGGUUACUACGUAAAUAACUAUUACACGGAACCUGAGCUGCAGGCCCAGCCACCAGCAACACCAGAGUUCGACAAACUGCAACGCAAUAUUUUCGCAAUAAAUCCUACAGUAACUCGUUUCAAGGUUGACUCGGAUGACUAUCCCAGUAGAGAAACAAGUAGUGGAGGUGGUGAGAAUGGUACUUCUGUUAUGGAAAGUGGAAGUACUACAAAUAGCAUGCGCUCAUCCCUUGAGGCAACUUUGACAGCAAAUGGUUUGGAUGGUGGACCUAUAAGGGCUUCUUGA